AUGGCGUUACUGCAUCGACUUGCUGCUUCCUCGGCCUAUCGCUGCGCUCCCGGUAUAUCGUCAAUUCUAGUCAGAAGAGCUUCCACCAUGGCCCCCAAGCUCAGAGAUCCGUCCCUGCUGAAGAAGGAUGUUUGCUAUGUCAAUGGCGCGUGGGUGGCUGCCAAGUCUGGCAAGACCUUUGAGGUCACCGAUCCCGCCACUGGCGAAGUAAUCACAACAUGUCCCGAAUUCACCACCAGCGAUACCGAGUCCGCCAUCACUGCUGCCGCCGAUGCCUUCAAGACAUUCCGAAAUCUGACCGGCCGCGAGCGCGCGAAGCUGCUGCGCAAGUGGUACGACCUUGCCGUAGAGAACACAGAGGACAUUGCCCAGCUUAUCACCUGGGAGAACGGAAAGCCUCUCGCAGAUGCCAGAGGUGAGGCCGCCUAUGCUGCCAACUUCUUCGAAUGGUUCAGCGAGGAGGCUCCCCGCACAUACGGCGACGUCAUUCCGGCCAGCGUACCAGGAAACCGAGUAUGGACUACCAAGGAGCCUGUUGGUGUUUGCGGUCUGAUCACUCCAUGGAACUUCCCCGCGGCUAUGAUUACGAGAAAGAUUGGCCCGGCUCUGGCAGCGGGAUGCACCGUCGUGUGCAAGGCGCCCGCCGAGACCCCCCUCACAGCCCUUGCGCUUGCUGAGCUGGCUCACCGAGCUGGAAUCCCCAAGGGCGUGGUCAACAUCGUGACGACAAAUGAUAACACCAUCGCCAUCGGCGAGCAACUGACGACAAACCCCACAAUCAAGAAGGUCUCCUUUACUGGCUCCACAAACGUCGGCAAACUUCUGAUGAAGCAGUCAUCCAGCACUCUCAAGAAACUGUCACUGGAGCUCGGUGGAAACUCCCCCUUUAUCGUCUUUGACGAUGCUGAUAUUGACGCUGCUGUCGCGGGCGCCGUUGCUUCCAAAUUCCGAUCUUCAGGCCAGACCUGCGUGUGCGCCAACAGAAUCUACGUUCAGGAGGGCAUCUAUGAAGAUUUUGUGGCUAAAUUCGUCGAAAAGGUCAAGGCAUUCAAGAUUGGCAACGGCUUCGCAGAGGGUGUCACUCACGGUCCUCUCAUCCACGACCGCGCCAUCGGCAAGGUCGACCACCACGUCCAAGACGCCAUCAAGAAGGGCGCCAAGCUCCUCGUCGGUGGCCAGAAGCUACCUGAUGUUGGAUCCAACUUUUACGACAUGACUGUCCUGCGUGACAUGAAUGCCGAUAUGGCUAUUGCCUCUGAGGAGACCUUUGGUCCUGUUGCCGGCCUCUUCAAAUUCAAGACUGAGGCCGAGGUUGUCAAGCUGGCGAAUGCCUCUGAAGUUGGCCUGGCUGGCUAUUUUUACGCUCGUGACUUGGAGCGGGUCCACCGUGUUGCUGAAGCUCUGGAGGUUGGCAUGAUUGGUAUUAACACCGGUAUCAUCUCUGACCCUGUCUCGCCUUUCGGAGGUGUUAAGGAGAGUGGUUUUGGUAGAGAGGGGUCAAAAUACGGUAUUGCAGAGUACCAGAUUACAAAGAUGAUGACCUAUGGUGGGAUGGGCAAGCCUCUUCAGAGCUAA